AAGUUACCGUUUUAAAGUUUUCAAAAUUUAGUUUUAGAGUGUUUAAUAAAUGUUUAUCUUGUUCGGCCUGCUACCUAAGGUGUGACGUCACUACGCAGUGAUUGGCUUUUUUUUUCUUCGUGGCCUGGCAACCAGAAGAGGCUUUGGAAAACAGACAGAGCUUCUUGAUAGCAUCCACUCCGUUCUCUGGGAAGACUUGACAUUUUCAAUCCCACCAUGUCUUCAAGGACUCUACCGCUGCUCUUCAUUAAUCUGGGUGGAGAAAUGUUGUAUAUUCUGGACCAGCGACUUCGAGCUCAGAAUAUACCGGCUGACAAGGCUAAGAAAGUUAUGAAUGACAUCAUCACCACCAUGUUCAAUAAAAAGUUCUUGGAGGAGCUUUUUAAACCACAGGAGCUUUAUUCCAAGAAGGCCCUGAGAACCGUGUUCGACAGGCUGGCCCAUGCAUCUAUAAUGAGACUCAACCAAGCUAGCAUGGACAAGCUUUACGACCUGAUGACCAUGGCUUUCAAGUAUCAGGUGCUCCUCUGUCCCAGACCGAAGGACAUUCUCCUCGUCUCCUUCAACCACAUGGAUGCAAUCAAAGACUUUGUUAAAGAUACUCCCAGCAUUCUCAGCCAAGUUGAUGAAACUUACCAACAGCUCAUAGAGAUGUACACAACGUUAUCUAAUGGAGAGUUCCAGCUGAUUAGACAAACGCUUCUUAUCUUUUUUCAAGACAUGCACAUACGGGUUUCAAUUUUCUUGAAGGACAAAGUUCAGAACUCCAAUGGUCGCUUUGUUCUUCCCACUAGUGGACCGGUACCGCAUGGAACGCAAGUCCCUGGUCUGAUAAGGAUUUUUAGCUGCACCGGUGAGGAGCAGACCAGACUGCAGUUCAACAAUGGAGGAAACUACACUUCAGCCAUUCGAGAAGGAUCUUUUGAGAUUUUUGGAGACCGAGUCACAAAGUUAGGCACAAACAUGUAUAGUGUAAGCCGCCCCGUGGAAACUCAUAUGUCGGGUACUUCUAAAAAUUCUGCUCAGCACACAAAGGUCAACACCGCUCCAAACCCUCUGGCCAAAGAGGAGCUGAAUAUGUUGGCCAGACUGAUGGGAGGCUUGGAGGUUCAGAAAGCAGGAAGCUCAGACAGCGGCUUCCGCGUAAAUCUGUUUGCCACAGACGAGGAAGAAGAAGAAGCGCUGAUUACAAGACCUGACGAGCUCUCAUAUGGAGUCAUAAACAUCCAAGCUACAAAGGACCAGCAGGUCAGCGCAGAAUUGACAAAGAUCAUGGGGGAGUUCACGGACUCUGGACAUCAGUCUCCCAGUUCAAGCAACAAAGGAGACGACCUUUUGGCUAUGAUGGACGAUCUGUGACAAAUUUAGCUCGGGCAGAAACACCUAUAGGGUUGCAAUGGAUUCCAGAAAAAAGUGCACAUUACUGAGGUUGAGUUUGCGGUCUGAAACUGCUAAAGCACUGCCAAAGUGUUACACGCACCCAAAGGACUUUCUUCUUCGGGUGCUUUUAGAAUGCAGGUAUGACAGUCAGAUCGUUGGUUACAUAUUUUAUUUAACAACAAACGGGUGAGGAAAGAAUUAAACUGAGUUUAGUUUCUAGCAGUUUGAAUCUGAGACAUGUUAAAGUGGUAAAGAUCAAAUCUGUCAUUGUGUUUAUAUGUUAAUAGGAAAGAAUAUCUUGAUAUUAUAUCAUGAACCAAAUAUUUAUUUAAAAUCUGUUGUAUAUUAAAUGCACUUUGCAGACAUAAAUAUUUGGAGUAUUGACAAUUUUCAGACCAAGAUAAUUGUUUUUACAUUAGUUAAAUUUUGCACAAUAAAAAUUCAGUUUCAAAGGAUUUUGUUACAAAACUUAUGUCUGAUCAUCACUUUACAGUAUAUGUUAUGGUCACCUUCAACAGUGUGAUGCCCCUGAGACAAAAAACUUCAUCAUAUUUACCUCUCUGUUAGAAACUCUUUGUGUUAUCGACUCCAGACAUGUGGGGCAAAAAGUAUUUAUUCAGCCACCAAUUGUGCAAGUUCUCCAACCUAAAAAGAUGAGAGGUCUGUCAUUUCAAUAGAUAUACCUUAACCAUGAGAGACAAAAUUAGAAAAAAAUAAAUAACAGAAAAAUCACAUUGUCUGAUUUUUAAGAAUUUCUUUGAAAAUUAAGGUGGUAAAUAAGUAUUUAGUCAAUAACAAAAGUUCAACUCAAUACUUUGUUAUAUAUCAUUUGUUGGUAAUGACAGCAAUAAAACAUCUUCUGUAAAUCUUCACAAGAUUGCUGGUAUUUUGCUCCAUUCCUCCAUCCAGAUCUCCUCUAGAGCAGUGAUGUUUUGGGGCUGUCGCUGGACAACACAGACUUUCAACUCCCUCCAAAGAUUUUCUAUGAGGUUGAGAUUUGGAGACCGGCUAGGCCACUCCGUGACCUUAAAAUGCUUCUUCUGAAGGCACUCCUUCAUGACAAGCAGUGUGUUUGGGAUCAUUGUCCGGCUGAAAGACCCAGCCACGGUUCAUCUUCAAUGCUGAUGGAAGGAGGUUUUCUCUCUAAAUCUGACGAUCCAUUUAUUCUUUCCUUUUCCCGGAUCAGUUGUUCUGGUCCCUUUGCUGUAAAACAACCCCAAAGCAUGAUGCUUCCACCCCCAUGCUUUACAGUAAGUAUCGUAUUUUUUGGAAUGAAACUCUGCAUUCUUUCUCCUCCAAACAAUAAAGUUCUUACCAAAAAGUUCUAUUUUAGGACAAUCUCCCAAUCCUCUUCUGGAUCAUCCAAAUGCUCUCUAGCAAACUUUAGACAGACCUGCACAUGUACUGACUUUAGGAGGGGGAGACGUCUGUCACUGUGGGGUUUGCAGUGUGUUACUGAUGGUAACAUUUGUUACUUUGGUCCCAGCUCUCUGCAGGUCAUUCACUAGGUCCCCCGUGUGAUUCUGGGACUUUUACUCUCCGUUCUGGUGAUCAUUGUGACCCCACAGGGUGAGAUCUUGCGGGGAGCCCCAGAUGGAAGGAGAUUAUCAGUGAUCUUCUUCCAUUUCCUAACAAUUGCUCCUACAGUUGAUUUCUUCACACCAAGCUGUUUAUUGCAGAUUCAGUCUUCCAAGCCUGGUGCAGGUCAACAAUUGUGUUUCUUGUGUCCUUAGACAGCUCUUUGGUCUUGUUCAUAGUGGAGUUUGGAGUGUGACUGUUUGAGGUUGUGAACAGGUGUAUUUUAUAUAGAUAACAAGUUCAAACAGGUGCCAUUAAUACAGGUAACGAGUAGAGGACAGAAGAUCCUCUUACAGAAGAAGUGACAGGUCUGUGAGAAACAGAAAUCUAGCUUGUUUGUAGGUGAACAAAUACUUAUUUUACAAAUAAAUCCUUUAAAAAUCAAAUUUUCUGUUUUUUUCCCUCAUUUUGUCUCUCAUAGUUGAGGUAUACAUAUGAUGAGAAUUACAGACCUCUCUCAUCUUUUUAAAUGGAAGAACUUGCACAAUUGAUGACUGAAUAAAUAUUUUUUUGGCUCACUGUACAUCCCCAUUUUAGUUUAUAUUCAGGUUUUUCCAUAUGUUUAUUUAAAGGUAUGUUAGACACAUGAGAAUUUUUAGCAUGUGAUUAAAUAAGAAUCUGAGAUCAUUCUUUGUGUUUUCUCUAAGUCAUAAAUGCUUUUUUAUUCAAAUAAGUUUUUCAGCAUCAUGAACGUAUACACUGACAAGGCUACAUCUUAAAGGACACUGUCCACUCCCCAACUAACAUAGCUUAUCUGUGAAUACUGAGGUGUGACUGAGGUUUCUCCUUAUUACAAUUUUAUAAUACAUCAUAAGGACAAUAUUUUUGAUGCAAACUAUUUAUUGAACAUGUAUACACAAUGUAUUAAAAUUUACGAGGAUUGGAAAGUGUUA